UAUUGUUAACAUUUUAAGGAACCUGAGUCUAGACUUUAAUAACAAAAAAAGAGUGAGAAGAUCACCAAGACACAGGAAGCAUCUUCUAAUUAAGGGCAUGUAAUACUAUUAUUGAGUUCAGACAAAAUAGUUACAUUUUUUAUAAAUAUAUCUGCACUUAUUGAAAGAAAUUUUGUCAAGUUUUAUUAUGCAGCUUUCUCUGAAAUAUGAAAACAAACUGCCUCAUACACUAUUGAAGGUGUAUAAAAUUUCAUUUGCAGAUGGUGACAUUCAAAUUGAGAAAAAUAAUAAUUCCCUCCUGAUCCACAGCUGAAACAUCCACUUCUGAACACCAUGUCCUAUUACAGCCAUCUUUCUGGUGACCUGGGCUGCGGUGUGGCUGUGGCUGUGGGAAGCACUGUGUCUGUGGCUGAGUAAGGCAGGUGCAGACAUGGCUGCCACCCAUCUUACUCUGCCAGGUAA